AUGGGCAGCGCGCUCGGCUGUCAGAGAGAGGAAGAGAUAAUGGAAAAGAAGUCGCAUGAAAUCGACCAAGAAAUCGCCAAACCCAGUCCAAAUAUGCUUUGUCAGAAGCUAUUGUUGUUAGGUUUGUUUUUUUUUGUAAUUUUAUAGCCAUUUAAAAUCAAAACAUAUAAUAAAAUUUGAAAAAAAUUUUUUUUGUUUUUUUACGUUUUACAGGCUAGCCAAAAUCAAUUUUUGUAAACAAUAUGAUCAGGGCCGGGCGGGGACUUUUGGUCUGGGAGCAGGGGUCCAAAAAAUCGGCACAGGUGCCGAUUUUUUGCGAAAUUUUUUUUCCGAAAAUCCACAGGGGGGACCACGUUCGACUUUUUUCAAAAAUUUUUUUCUGGAUUACACAUUUCAAAAUCUUCUAAUUUUAGCAAUUUGUAAUUGACGUUUUUGCCAUUUUAAUAUAAGCUUACAACAAAACGAUUACGUUAAUUUACAACAAUAACAAUGGUGUCUUGUUUUAGGUCCGGCUGAAAGCGGCAAAAGCACAUUUGUUAAACAAAUAAAGUAAGUUUGGGACGAUUAUAUACAAUGUUAUAGUAGUUUAUAGACUAAAGAUACUAGUGUAGGUAGGAUAGCGUAGGGUAGGUUGGCCCUCUCACUCUUGCAAAAAUUCUAAAAAAAACAACACAGUCUAGACAAAAAAGGAGACAAAAAGAGCAGAGAAACAAAGAAACCCAAUGAAAACCAUGCUUUCUCGAUCGCAAAACAACCCAAUCAAAAGACAAAUAAGUGUUUUUAAGUCAUCAAGUUGUAGAAAGCAUCAUUGGAUACAUGUUUUCCCAGAUCGAAGUUUUAUCGGUAUACUUUACUAAAAUCGUUUUCAAUCCCUGUUUCUUUUUUUUUUAAAACAGAGCAAAUUUCAGAAUUUUGCUCUAUUUUUAGUAAUACACAAGAUUCAUAGUUUAAUAAAAACUAGUAACAUUUGCUCAGACAAACAUACAAAGUUUGCUCAGACCUGACAUACGCCAUGUUCACUGCAAAUACAUGUUGUAAAGACUUUACGGUAACCUAUGUGUAAUGUCUCUAAUUGCAUGGUCACAAUUUUAAAUUUGAGUCUAAAAGGAAUGUUAAACUUGAGUUUAAAGGUUAGAAAAAUACAUCAUUAAGGCUUACGUUGGUUUAGUUCUUAGGCUAAACAAGCAGGGAAAACGCACGGGCAGGGUUUUAAGGGUAGUGUUUAGUUGAAAACGUUUAGCGGAUGAUGCUUAAGGAAAACAUAAUAUAUGAAAAUUGUUUUCAAUUCAAAGUUCGCAAAUUUUUAGAAUUUUGCACACAGAUGGUUUUACGGCGUACGAAAAAGAGCAAAAGAAAUACAUAAUGUACAGUAAUGUGGUCAGUGGUAUGACCGAAAUCUGCCAAGUAUUAAUCAACGCGGGUAAAAGUGCUAACGCCGAGAAGUUUAUGGUAAGGUACUAAAGCCAUAUGACUCUAUAAUGUUGUGAUUUAGCAAAGUGUUAUUAAAUUAGUAUAAUUGCUAUUUGAUUUAGCACAGUAAUCUCAUAAUGUAGCAAAGCAAUGCCACUUGUAACAAAGCAAUGUUAUACUUUAGCAAAACCGUAAACUAACUAACAAGGAAAGUCCCCGACCUGCCCCGCUCUGAUUGACUUGAAACUUUCUAGAUAGAAAGAUCAUGUAAAUAUAACAUCUUCAGCAAAGUACUAAAUCGCGCUUUCCAGGAAAUCACGAGAAAAUCGAGAUUAAAAAAUGACAUUUUGAAUUUCCCGCCAACUUGGCAUUGUGUUUCAAGCUUAUAACUUUGUCAUUUUUUGACUUUUAAUUAUUUUUCUUUAAUAUACUAGUAGAAUACCUUUAAAUAAAACUACAUUUUUAAAUUUGUAAACGCAUCUUGUCUGGAAAGUCGAAAAAAGUGCUUGAAACACAAUGCCAAAUUUGCCAAAUUGGCGGGGAACCCAAAUAAUUUAAAUUUAAAACUCAAGAGAAAAAAAAUUUUUUGUGGGUACUAUUGGUGUUACAAAGAAUUCAUAUAAAAAUUUUGAGCUGAUUCUUAGCGGGGCAGGUAGGGUACUUUCCUUGUAAGGACAUGGUUUAUGAAGUUAAAAAAUUUUUAAGUAAAGCAAAUAUUUUUAGGAUUACUAUAAGCUACUUCUAGCUCAAAAUAGUUGCAAGGAGCUAAUGCAGCGACUACCAGAGGAAAUCGCUGAAGCAAUAAAAGAGUUAUGGAAUGAUCCACAACUAAAACAAAUCUUUCAUUCAGAGCCGUGCUUUCAGUCUUCAAAUUCUGUAGAAUAGUAAGUUACACACUACCAAGCUGCAGCGAAGCACCUUCUGUAGUACAGUCAAGGCAUUUUGAAGCCUCUUUUGUAGUAUAGUUUAGUUGUUUUAGUGUGACGUUUGCCAUUGAAAAGCUAUUACAAAAUUGUCAUUUUUUAAAUUUAAAAUGUCUCUUGAUGUUAAAGUUAUUAUCAAGCAUAAUGUUUAUUAGGCUUUAAAAGUCUGAUUGGGCUAAAAAAAAGUAAUUCUAAAGUGUUAUAUUUAAGUAAUGGUUUCAGUUUUCUAAAUAACAUUGAUCGCAUAUCAGAGCCGGACUUUGAGCCUUCAAAUCUAGACUGUCUUCAUGCACGUGUGGCCACGACUGGUGUUGUUGAAUUCAAAUUUAAAUUUAAGGAGUUGGAUUUUGUGUACGUACUUCUGCAUUUCUGUUGAUGUCACUACCAUUUUUUUUUAUUUAAAAAAAUUAUUUUUAAAUUUAAAAAAUGUUUUUAUUUGAAUAAUUUAUGAUUGUUUUUAAGCUGUUUAUAUGUCUAUAUUUUUAAUUUUAAAAUUACUUUUAGAAUAUACGACGUUGGUGGGCAACGAUCUCAACGACGAAAGUGGAUUCAUUUCUUCGAUAAAGUAAACGGGUUAAUUUUUGUAGCUGCAAUUAGUGGGUAUGAUCAAACGUGUCGGGAGGACAAUGCAUCUGUAAGUAUUGGUUUAUAAGUACAGUCGAACUCUUGUAUAACACAUCACUUUGGAGUAGUGUUCUCGGCGGGGGGGGAUUCCCGUAGAAAGCCAUUCCCGUCGUUCCCGUCCCCGCCGGGGAUUUUCAUUUCCGGCGGGGAAUUUUAUUUACUUUUUUAAUAAAAUAAUUAAAUGUAUUUGUAAAAAAAUAGCUUAUUAGCACACUUUUGCGUAUAAAAUUUCGCGCAAGCUGCGCCUCCUUAUUUGUUAUUUUUAUCAAAAUAUUUAUUUUUGAAACUACUUUUUGAAAUAGAAUUGAUUGUUUUUGGCCAUUUUUGAAUGGGUAAGUAAUUUUCAUUUUUAUGUUUUUUAUGUAGUAUUCAGUUUGAUUUUUCCUUUUUAAUGGAUAAAAAGACGUCUUUAAUAUGGAAGCACUACAACGAAGAACGGAAAUGUUUGGUCGCAGGAUGCUUGUUUCAAACGAAAGACAAAACUACAAGUACGAAGGCGUUAUGGAGUCAUCUAGAAAAGAAACACACACGAAUUUAUAAAGAAUUAAAGGAAGCAAAAUUGAAAAGAACAGGUUCAGACGACGUUUCAAAAGAAUCUACACCUCAAAAGAAAGUUAAUCUAGUAAGUAAACUGUAUAUUAUGAUAAUGUUUAAAAUUUUAAACAUUUUCAUCUGUUUUAAUAACAAGUUUUAUAUUUUAAUAUUUUUGUUACCUAUUUUUGAGUAGAAAAAAAUAAAAUUCAUUUUAAGGACAGUUUUUUUGUGUGUAAAACUUAUUUUUUACUUAUUUUAGAUAACAAGUUACACAAGAAAACAAAAUAUGGCUUUGAAUCAGUAUCAACGAGACACUUUUCAAGUCGAAAUGAUUCUAUCUAACCGCAUGUCGUUAUCGUCUUUGGUUAAUAAGUACGUCACUCAAACAGUAGAAGCUACUUUUCCUGGGACUGUAACUUACGGAAUAAGUCACUUCAUGGGGUCUGUCUUUCCACGGAUGAUCGACGACUUUCGGGAAAGCGGUCAAGACUUUAGUUGGAGACUCAUUUUACUGUAUCACAAGUGAUGGUUGGAGCCAAGGGGACAGAUCAUUUCAAUCGUAAGAUAGACGUUAAUUUAUUAUAUGUUUUAGAGUAACUUUGCAUUUUGUGGAUAAUGCAUUUACAAGGCGAAACUUCGUGGUUGGAUGUAGAGGAUUCACUACAAACGAAUUCAAAACAGCCGAUGUUAUAGCACGGAAAAUCGCUGAUUGUUUAAAGUAUUUCGAAUUAGAAGAGGCAAGGAUGGUAGCUAUGGUACGAGAUGAUGCAGCUAACAUGCGGCCGGCAGCUUCAAAAUUAGGAAUUGAAAAGUAGGAAUGUUAACGAAAGUUUAUAAAGUAUUAUAGUAUUAAACAGUUUAGUUAUAAAUUCGUUUACAAAUUAUUCUUUCAGCUUCCAAUGUUGUGCUCACUUAAUAAACUUGGUUGUACAAUUUGGAAUUAAGAACGCUAAUGGAACUGUAAUGACGAUAAUUGAAAAGUGCCGGAACUUUGCUAAGGAAUCAAGGAAAAGGCACAAUCAAUCCAAAUUUGAAGACGAACUGAACAAACAAGGAAUUAGUUCAUCUAAAAUACCAAAAGUUUGUUUUGAAAACAAUUAACGUGGCUAUAGUAUGUAUAUACCAAGUUAUAUUUGGGGUAAAGAAUAUAUAUUUUUAGGAAAUCACUGUUAGAUGGAACUCUACUUUUUUUAUGUUACAAUCUAUCGAGGAGAAAUUUGGAGCGGCUCUUAAAAUGGACUACAGUGCAUUUAAAAUGAGUGACCGUCAACAAUUGUCAAUCUUGGUGAAAGUUUUGUCCAAGUUUGAUUAA